AUGUGUGUUGAGGCGCAUUAUUUGGCAACAGACGCGGCAGUGGGGAGGGCCGAAAAAAGAGGAUAUCCCCUGGAUUUUAAAAAAGCAACGAUUUAUCGAGGUUAACUGCAGAUUAAACAUUCCUUGGUCGACCAUCGGCGAAGAACGGGCGACAAAGCGACAGAGGGAUGUCUGAGGAGGCUGUCCGCCAGACGCGCAGCCAGAAGAGGGCGCUGGAGAAGGAUCCUGCUACCGAGUCUAUAGAACCCUCUGAUGAUGACAAUGAAAGCAAAAAGCCUAAAUUGGACCCUACUGAACCCACAUUACAGGAACAAACUGAACCUGAAGCCGACUCUGUACAGGCACAGGAACACCAAAGCCAGACGAUGGUCGGAUCAGAGCUCGAGAAGGAGCAGGAGCAAGAGCAGAGCCUGUCGCCGUUAUCUUUACCGUUACCUUUGGUCUCUCAGCCGGUGAAGGAUGAUCAGGAGCAGACCCAAAAACAACAGACGACGGUUGAACCCAGCUCAGACAAUCGGACUGACUGCAACGACACAGACAUCAAGGUGAGGACGGAGGCAGCUUUGGCUACAAGGAGCAAGGUCCGACUGAUGGAGCCAAAAGCGCCCAGUGGCUUGCUGGCAGCAGGCGAGGUGAAGGCCACCAUUAAAGUGGAAGUUCAGACGGGAGAGCAGCCCGUGGACAUGAGCACCUCCAGAGGCAUUAUAAAAAGGGAGAAGCGCCCUCCGUCCCCUGAAGAUGACGAUGUCAUCAUCCUGUCAGAUAACGACUCCCCCAGUCCACCGAUGAAUGGCUUGAGACACUUUAAGGAGCUGGACACAGACCUGCUCAUGAAGAGCAGCCCAGCGGAGAGGGAGCGCAUCAUUAAGCAGCUGAAGGAGGAGCUGAGACUGGAGGAGGCCAAGCUGGUGCUGCUGAAGAAACUCCGACAGAGCCAGAUACAGAAGGACGCUCUCCAGAAGCCCUCAGGUCUGUCCGGCUCCUCUGCGCCUCCUCCUCUCAUCCGAGGAACAAUUACAAGCAAUAAAGGCUCUCAGCAGAUUUUGACAGGCAAGAGUUCAGGCACGGUCAUCCCUCCGCCGCUGGUGAGAGGAGGACAGCAGAUGUCGUCCAAACAUGGCUCCCAGAUCAUAAUGCCGCCUCUGGUCAGAGGGGCACAGCCCAUCUCUGUAUCUCUACAGCAGAUCCAUGCUCUCCGGCAGCAGCAGCAGUUGGCUGCCUCUGGAGGCUCAGGACCUCCUCCUCUGCUGUUGGGCUCCAGGACUUUAGCCCCGGCAAGCCACGGCCAGAGAGGCAUGGUCAACUCGGGCUUCAUCCGAAUUGGCAGUAGUGCUAACACACUGGCCUCUGUAUCCAGUUUGAAAGGUUCUUCCUUAGGAAGCGGCGGCGUGUCUAUGGUGAGCAUGAAUGACUCUCCAGCCAGCCGCCAAGCUGCAGCUAAACUCGCCCUGCGGAAACAACUGGAGAAGACCCUACUGGAGAUUCCCCCGCCCAAGCCCCCUGCCCCAGAGUUUAACUUCCUUCCCUCUGCAGCCAAUAAUGAGUUCAUCUACCUGGUGGGACUAGAAGAAGUGGUACAGAAUCUGCUGGAUACCAUUCACAGAGGAAAGACAGGUGUAGCACUGUCCAAGACCAUUACCAGAGAGCCCUUCAACUGCACCCAGUGCAAAACCGACUUCACCUGCCGCUGGAGGCAUGACAAGGCAAAAGGCGGGGCACUCCUCUGUGAACACUGCAUGUCAUCCAAUCAGAAAAAGAUUUUAAAGGCCGAGCAUACCAAUAGGCUGAAAGCGGCGUUUGUCAAAGCACUGCAACAAGAACAGGAAAUAGAGCAGCGCAUUUUUCAGCAGACGUCCUCACCACUGUCCCACAGUAGCUCCUCAUCCUCUUUGUCGAUGAAAGCAGAGAAGCUGGUGUCUCAGCAGCUGAAGCAGGCUCACGCCAGAGCGUCUUCCCUCCAACUCCUCCAACAGGCCAGUCGAGGAGCCAACAUGAUUCACCAUCACUCCAUCAAGCAGAGCUCCAAGGGCCAGCUGUCCCAUGGUGUCUCAUCAUUGGGGCUGAGGGGCGUCCCCCACUCCUUCUCCUCUUCCUCCCAGUUGCAGAGUGCAGUGGCGGCUGCAGCUUUGGUCAGCCGGCCAGGUAAGCAUGCCCACGUUUCCCACCGCUCUGUCCAGAGUUCAAAAGUGAGCAGCAGUGGAAUCGCCGGCAUCAGGAAUAUCGGCGGAGGUAGUGCCUCAUCCACUGCAUGGAAGAAGCAGAGCAACAGCAAUACAGGAGUCACUAUGGCCUACGUGAACCCGAGCCUGACAGGCCACAAGACGUCAGGCACCGUCGACGCUCGUCAGAGGGAGUACCUGCUGGACAUGAUCCCCUCUCGAUCGUCGCUCUCGCAGACUGCAAACACAUGGAAAUAGGUUAAACCGUACUCUAGUACUACUUAAAUUUUGAGAAAGUUCCUCAGCUCCAAUAAUAUGGUCAACAGCAACCCCCGGAGGACUGUUAAGCAAAUACAAUCUCUCAAAGUGAAGAAACGUUCCUUCCUUACCUUUUGUAUGAUUGUUCUUUUAGUUUUCUUAUUUUCUGUUGUUUACUUUGAGAUUCGCAUUUUUUUGGUAAUUGUGCAAAAAACAUUUUGAUUGGAUUGGGGCAAAGAAAAAGCUUAUACUUGAAGGAGUACGGGGUAUUUCUGUCCUCCAGCCUGGGUGUUUAAAUAAGACUUAUUUAAACAUAUGUGCAUUGAGUGCUUUGAUAAAAAAUAAGUACACUGUUCUGGGUUUAUAAGCCCUUUCUCCCAUGACCUUUUGACACUUGAAUGGUUAUAGUCAUAGCCAAGGCAAAUUACACAUUUAUUUUUAGCAAAAACAAAAUAACUGAGUUACAUCACUAUUCAGUACAUCACCCCUGUAUUUAAAGGUUUGAAUUGAUUUUGUAUUUACAGUAAGUUAUUUUGUUUUUUCGAUUAUAUUUCAGUAUAUUGUGGUUUCCACAAGAGUUUAUUCUAGUUUCUUUUUUUUCUCCUGUUUAAAAGCAUGCCUUCCCUUAACCUCUCCGUUCAUUUUGCACCUUAGCUGAAGAAGCAUGGUGUCAUUGCUUAAUUCAUCUGUAAUUACCAUCUGUAAUUUGCUUAUUUUAUAUUGAUGUCAACAUUGUAAUAUUUUGUUAAGUGUUUUGUCAUUGCUGAGAAAAUGCAAACUCUAAAGGAGCGGACUUUGCCACACUGGAGCCAGAGAUCUCGCCUCAGAUUUAUUCAACUAUAACCCACACAAUACGCGGCAUACAGGUGGCCCUGAAUCAGACUCUCCCAGCUACCAAAGGCCUGGAAUACACAAGAUAUUUUUAUCUUGUAACCCUAAUCACCAUGUUGCAUAGCUUCCUGAUUUGACCUGUACAUUGUACAAACAUAUGUUAAAACUUAUUUGGUUUACUUUUUUUCCUAGCUCCUAAAGAAAUAAAAAAUAUAUACAUUUUAAA